UCUCAGAAGCUUCACGUAGACUUAGUAAAAUCAAAUUAUUUUUAUAAUAUUGUCGAUUAAAUGUAUUGAAACAGAUUAUUUAAAACACCCAAAUUAUUAUAAUAUAGUAUUUAUAAUUAUUACUUAAAAAUAAAGCUAACAUAUCUGCUUACUUACAUUAAUAAUGAUGUAAAAGUGUAAAAAAAACUUGGAACAUCAGGACAUUCGUGAGAAAUAUGAGCAGAAAGGAGAAGUGGGAACCCUUGAAGAAGGUAGGAAUUAUAGGAGUGCCAUUCGAGAAGGGCCAAAAAAAGUAUGGUGUAAGUGUAGCUCCUGCAGCCAUGAGAUCGGCUGGACUCGUCGAUCACCUCAAAGAAAUAUAUGGGCUAGAUAUUAAAGAUUACGGUGAUGUAGAGAUUCCAACUCGUGACGAGCCAGUCGAUGUAGAUAACAUGUCCCAUCUACCACUCGUCUCGGCUUGCAAUAAAAAUCUGUCGGCUAAAGUAUCACAAGUUCUCAAAGAAGGGCGUGUGGCAGUCACUAUCGGCGGCGAUCAUUCCAUUGGAGUUGGUACUGUGGAUGGUCAUUACAAAGUGAACGAAGAUAUGAUUCUCAUCUGGGUGGACGCCCAUGCAGACAUCAACACUAAUAAAACUUCAGAGUCUGGCUCGGUGCACGGUAUGCCUGUUGCACUGCUGGUCAAAGAGCUGUCAGACUAUUGGCCGUAUCUACCAACGAUGGAUUGGCAAGUUCCAAAAUUUUCAAUUAGGAAUCUUGGUUAUGUUGGCCUGAGAUCCGUGGACGAAUAUGAAAGGUUGGCGAUAGAAAAAUACGACGUGCCAACGUUUGCUAUGGAAGAUGUCGAAGAGUACGGCAUCCAGAAGUCCAUACAACACAUUCUUCAAAGGCUGGACCCAGAUGGCAGUAAGCCGAUUCACGUCAGCUUCGAUAUUGACUCGCUAGAUUCUUUGGAGGCGCCUAGCACUGGAACUCCCGUGCGCGGUGGAUUGACACUACGUGAAGCCAUUAAACUUAUGGAGAUAGUUUACGCAACGGGCCGCCUCAGGGCAAUAGACCUCGUAGAAAUAAAUCCAGCUCUUGGAAACGACUCUGACAGGAAGAGGACUAUCGAUGCUGGCUUGUGUAUACUUAAAGCCGGUUUAGGCUUUUCUAGACGAGGAACUACGCCUCGUGGUGUGGUGGACUUGCCUGUGCAAACUUAUCAUGAAUAUAAGUGAAAAUAAUAUUUUUUUUUUAAUUCCAAAGGAAAAUAAUGUUUAUCAAUUAUUGGCCUAUUAAAUACGAUACCUUCUA